UGGCCCGCUCUGUCCGCGUCCCCGUACAGGCGCCGUGAACAGUCCAGCUUUGUUUAUGCUUGAGUGAACACUAAUCUGCGAUCUCAUUCACACAUUUUACGAUUAUUUAAUUGUGUUUAGUGCUUGUGGGGCUGUGAAAUAAGCUGCCAUGGGCCCAAAGAAACUUGCUAGUGGUACCCCUGUAAAGAAAGUGAGAAACACCAUAGAUGUGAAGAAAUAAUACAGAAGUAUGAGAUUGGAGUGAGACUUGUUGAGCUUGCCAUGAUGUACAGAGGACUGUGGACAGUUAUUUUGUGAGACAGAAACAGACGACUGUGGACAGUUAUUUUGUGAGACAGAAACAGACGACUGUGGACAGUUAUUUUGUGAGACAAACAGACGACUGUGGAGUUAUUUUGUGAGACAGACGAUUGUGGACAGUUAUUUUGUGAGACAAACAGAUGACUGUGGACAGUUAUUUUGUGAGACAGAAACAGACGACUGUGGAGUUUUGCGAGACAGAAACAGACGACUGUGGAGUUUUGUGAGACAAACAGACGAUUGUGGACAGUUAUUUUGUGAGACAGAAACAGAAGACUGUGGACAGUUAUUUUGUGAGACAGAAAUAGACGACUGUGGAGUUAUUUUGUGAGACAGACGAUUGUGGACAGUUAUUUUGUGAGACAGAAACAGACGACUUUGGAUAGUUAUUUUGUGAGACAGAAACAGAGGACUGUAGACAGUUAUUUUGUGAGACUGGGGUCCAAUGACGCUCAAGCUGGUCCUAGUGGCAUUAAAAUACAGAGAAGGGAAGCAACCCCAGAGAGGGCUUUGAUACUGGAAGUCCUCAUGGAGGGGGAUUCUCCUUCCAAACAAUAACCCAAACUCCCUCUCUCCUCCUCCCUGUCUUCCAGAUGCCAUCACCAAUCUUCAGUAAAGUUUAUUUUCUCAGCAGAAGAAUUACACUUGGAUUACAAGUCUCCAAUACCAUGAAGUAGAUGCAAGUGGCUGAUCUAUUACUGAAAUAAUGUGAGCUAUGUUGUAAUGUUCACCACAUUGUCAGAAAUACAUCCUCUGUGUGUAAACUUGUAUCAUAAAGCUUAUCUCAUUCUGACAGUUACAGCUUCUGUGGACACAAGUUUUCCUACUGAAAUACUGUACUUACAUUGAUGCCAAAUGUAGACCUUAGUACAAUAUAUAUAUAUAUAUUAUAUAUAUAUAUAUAUAUUGCACUAAAAUCUAUUAGAGUUUAAAAAAAUACUUUGCUUAUAAAUAUUUGAUGGAUUCUUUAUAAAUCUUAUUAUUAAUUCUCAAUGAAUUAUGUAGAAUUAAUUCAUAAUAUUCACCAACUGUACUUUUUAAUGAGAAAUAUAAUUGCCUAUGUUAUAUCUUAUCAGUUUUCCAAAAUCUAAUACAUAGGUUUAAUAUAGAAAUAUUUAUUGACUUUGGGCAGGAUAUUUUAAUGAAUUUUCUUUGACUUGCUUUACUUGGUGUAUUAAUUAUAGAAUGUUGUAACAAAUCAUUUAUAUUUCUCUGCUUCAAAUAUUUGUGCUUGAGACACUCCUUGCAUCUUCUAAUUAGACAGAUGACUGUAUAACUUGUUGAAGAUAGAGAAAUAUUGUACUGUUUUAAAAUGUAUACUGUCAUGUUGAUGCUGUGUUGUUGUUAAUGUAUACUGUGCAAGUUAUUGAAUAAGAAGUUCAUCUAGGAAAUAAUUUAAGUGUAUAUUUGUAAGCUUUUAAAAUAUCUUUCUAUACAUAAGUUUCUACAGUAAUGCAGAGAUUGUAGUGAGAGAUGAUAUACAUAUAUUGUCACCGUUUAAAACGUACUUACAGUGUAUUAGCGUAUAGUCAGUAGACAAACUAAGCAAAUGUUUUGUGUCUAAAAGCUUUUACAAUGGAUCACAACAAACAACAUAAAGGAUUUCCACCAGGAGAAAAACUUUACCAGUGUUCAGAGUGUUUAAAAUCUUUUAAAUGCAAACCAUAUCUAAAGCAACAUAUGAGAGUUCAUUCUGGAGAAAAACCAUAUCGGUGUUCACAUUGUUUAAAAGACUUUACACGUAAAUCAUCUCAUAUAGAACACAUGAGAAUUCAUUCACGGGAAAAACCAUAUCAGUGUUCAGUGUGUCUGAAAGGUUUUUCAUGUCGAUCAAAUCUAAUGCGCCAUCUGAGAAUUCAUUCUGGAGAAAAACCAUAUCAGUGUUCAGAGUGCCUAAAAGACUUUUCAUAUAGAUCACAUUUUGUACAACACAUAAAGAUUCAUUCACAAAAAAAGCCAUAUCAGUGUCCAGAGUGUCUAAAGGGCUUUGCACGAAAAUCACAUUUAACACUACACAGUAGAGUACAUUCACAAGAAAAACCAUAUCAGUGUUCAGAGUGCAGAAAAAACUUUUCAAAUAAACCAAAUCUAAUAAGACACCUGAGAGUUCACUCAGGAGAAAAACCAUUUCAAUGUUCAGAGUGUCCAAAAGACUUUGCAGUAAGAGCAUCUCUGAGACUACACCUGAAAGUUCAUUCAGGAGAAAAACCAUUCCAGUGUUCAGAGUGUUUGAAAGGCUUUAUAGAUAAAUCACAUUUAAUACGGCACAUUCGCAAGAAAAACCAUACAUGUCCAGAGCGUCUAAAAGACUCCGCUUAAAAAACACAUUUAAUAUUGCAUAUGUGAAAUGAUUCACAGAAAAAGGAUAUCAAUGUUCAGAGUGCCUAAAAGAAUAUUUACAAAAAUCUAGUUUAAUAUUUCUCAUGAUAGUUUGCUCAGUAAAGAAGCCAUAACACUAGUAUAUUCAUGGUUCUUUGAAGUGCUUCUGGGAUCAGUCUUAUAGCAUGGUCUCUAAUAGACCUCGUGCUUGAAUUCUUGUUCAGACAAACUAUUGUUAUUUUCAUCUGUCAGUCAAUAUAUUCUCCACAGCUCAGAUUCUCAGUAGAGUUUUGAAGGAACUUAAUUUACUAUUUUAGACAAUAUUGUUAGUAAUUCAUGUUAUAUCUUAUGGAGAAUUACCUUGGAUACUUUGUGCUUAGAUUGUUCACUUUUUACAUCCUCGUCUAACUCUUCUACAUUUUUUGGGUAAAUCGUUUUUUCAAUGCAGAAUUUUUGUGUACAGCAAUAUUUUUUCUUGUAUAAAUUACAUUAUA